UGAUAAUCUGAGUUUCACAACAAUAGAAAGGCAAAGCUAAAAAUGCCAAAGCAAUCCAAAGAGCUUUUUCAUAAGUGUCCAAUAUGUGGACAAUCAUUAAAAUUGAAAUAUCAAAUGAAGGUUCAUAUAUUAAAACAUACAAAUGAACACCCAUAUGAAUGCUUAACAUGCGGUAAAACAUUUUAUAAGCUAAAUCAUGUAAAAAGUCAUUUGUUGACACACUCUGGGAAGUCUCCUUAUAAAUGCAUUACAUGUGGGAAAUGCUUUGUAUCUAAAGGCAAAUUGAAAGUACAUACUAUGGUUCAUUCAGGAGAGCGACCUCAUAAGUGUAUUACAUGCGGAAAAUCCUUUGUAACUGAAAACAAAUUGAAAGUACAUAAAAUGGUUCAUUCAGGAGAGCGACCUCAUAUAUGCAUUACUUGUGGAAAAUCGUUUGUAUAUAAAAGCUAUUUUAAAAUACAUACAAUGGUUCAUACAGGAAAGGGACCUCAUAAAUGCAUUACAUGCGGAAAAUGCUUUGUAUCUAAAGGCAAAUUGAAAAUACAUACAAUGUUUCAUACAGGAGAGAGACCUCAUAUAUGCACUACUUGUGAAAAAUCCUUUGUAUCUAAAAGAAAAUUGAAAGUACAUACAAUGGAUCAUACAGGAGAGCGGCCUCAUAAAUGUAUUACAUGCGGAAAAUCCUUUGUAUAUGAAAGCAAUUUGAAAGAACAUAGAAUGGUUCAUACAGGAGAGCGACCUCAUAUUUGCAUUACUUGUGGAAAAUCCUUUGUAUCUAAAAGCAAUUUGAAAAAACAUACAAUGGUUCAUACAGGAGAGCGACCUCAUAAAUGCACUACAUGCGGAAAGUCCUUUGUAUCUACAAGCCAAUUGAAGCUACAUACAAUGGUUCAUACAGGAGAGCGACCUCAUAAAUGCACUACAUGCGGAAAAUCCUUUGUAUCUACACGCCAAUUGAAGCUACAUACAAUGGUUCAUACAGGAGAGCGACCUCAUAAGUGUAUUACAUGCGGAAAAUCCUUUGUAACUGAAAACAAAUUGAAAGUACAUAAAAUGGUUCAUACAGGAGAGCGACCUCAUAUUUGCAUUACUUGUGGAAAAUCCUUUGUAUCUAAAAGCAAUUUGAAAGUACAUGCAAGGGUUCAUACAGAAGAACGACCUCAUAAGUGUUCUACAUGUGGAAAAUCCUUUGCAUUAAAAAACAGUUAUAAAAGACAUCUAUUAACUCAUGGCAAUGGACAUCCUUAUAAAUGUAAUACAUGUAAAAAAGCUUUCAAAUCAAAGGAUAAUUUGAAAAAACAUAUUUUGGUUCAUACGGGUGAUAAACACAACUGUACUACAGUGGGAACUCCUUCUUAAAGCAAAGGCAAUUGUAAGCAUCAUGUAUUAAUUCAUUGCAAUUAGCAUACUUAUAAUUGCUUCACAUGUGAAGAAUCCUUUGUAUCUGAAAGCAAAUUGAAAGAACAUCAAUUGGUUCAUACAAGCGACCUUAUUAGUGGAUUAUUUGUAAAGAAUCCUCAUAUAAAACAUUUAUGAUAAAUUUGUAUUACUGUAAGUCAUACACCUAAGCGUCCCUAUAACUUGUUUGAAAACCAUUUAAUAAAAAAGCUAAUAAAAAAAACAUAUAAUGAAUCAUAUUAGAACAACAUUAAAGUGUUUGUAAUUUCAUACUGCUGUGGCCCCAUAAAUCUCAGUCGAUUCUUCACCUCAUGUACCAGCCUCUUCCAUCCGAACUGUCCUCUGCCAAGUUGAUAUGUUUGCACCCAUUGUCCUAACAUCGUUCAAUACAUGGUCAGUCCAUCUCAAUUUCGGCCUUCACAAUGGACGUUUACCUCUAGGUGUGGUUCUCCAAACUUCAUACAGUCUUGUUAGGACUUUAUUUUAAAAACCAUGAAUGUUUUUCAUUUUUCGGGGACGAUACCUAUGUUUUGCUUCCAUAUAACAGAAUAGGUAGAAUUAUUGUCUUUUAUAACUGUAUUUUUGUUCUGUGGGAUAAUACUUAGGUUGGGAUUAACUUUUGCAGGCUCCCAAACACUUAUCGCAUUUGAUAACUCAGUUAGUCUCCCUUUGUAUUCUAAAUGUUAACAGUUAAAGU